CUCAUUUUUUCCUUUAAAAACUUAACUUUCCUUCUUUCACACCUUUUAUUACUCUAGAAAUUAAACGAUGAAUCUACUCCAGAAACUCAACCAUGAAUUCGAUGAAACUCUUGAGAUUAUGGUUUAUAGUUGUUUUAAUCUCUGGGUUUGCUGCAAUCUUCAUCUACAUCACUGGCUCUUCCUCUUUCUCCGAUAGGAUUAGUGUUUCUGAGGAAGAUUUGAAUGCGUUGAUAACAUUAAAGAAUGAUUUUCAGAAGUGUGUGAGGGCCAAUGGGUUAGGUUUACGAGCUUCAAGUGGAAGAGUUUAUUGUGAUGUUACAAUUGAUUUUCCUAAAGAUACUAUUCGUAAAUGGAAGGAUCCCGACACAGGAGAACAUGAAGGGCUAUCGUAUGAGUUUGAUCUUUGUGAAGCCUUGGCUACAUGGGAACAGGUACGGAAUAGCACCACUAUACUAACUAAAGAGUUUAUGGACUCCUUGCCAAAGGGAUGGGAAGAGUAUGCACGGAAAAGAAUCAAUAAAAGCGAAGACCACAAAUGCAAGAAUACGACUCUCUGCAUGGAGAAACUUUCUCUUGUACUUCCUGAAAGGCCACCAUUUGUUCCACGUCAGAUUGGUCGAUGUGCUGUAGUAGGCAAUUCAGGAGAUCUUCUGAAAACAAAGUUUGGGAAGGAGAUAGAUGGUUAUGAUGCUGUAAUAAGAGAAAAUGGUGCACCUAUUCAGAACUAUACAGAGUAUGUAGGUAAAAAGAGUACCUUCCGCCUUCUUAAUCGAGGGUCUGCCAAAGCACUCGAUAAAGUUGUGAAGCUAGAUGAGUCUGGGAGGGAGGUCUUGAUCGUUAAAACCACAAUUCAUGACACUAUGAGCAAGAUGAUCCGGGAAAUCCAAAUAGACAAUCCCGUGUAUCUCAUGUUAGGAGCAUCAUUUGGUUCCGCUGCAAAAGGAACAGGACUCAAAGCUCUGGAAUUUGCGUUAUCUAUUUGUGACUCCGUCGAUAUGUAUGGUUUUACAGUUGACCCAGGUUAUACAGAAUGGACAAGAUACUUCUCAGAAUCUCGGAAAGGGCAUAGUCCUCUUCACGGUAGGGCGUACUACCAGAUGAUGGAAUGUUUGGGACUUGUCAAGAUUCAUUCUCCAAUGCGUGCAGAUCGUAACAGUGAACUGAAGUGGUUACCAAGCCAAAGUACAAUUAAUGCUGCGAGAUUCGCUGCAGAGAAAAUCUUGAGUAGAAUAGGAGCAGGGAGGGACGACCCACUGAGAUCAUGUUCAAUCAUCAAGAAACAAGACAAGGGUAUGGUCAUGCCAAUUCCCCGUAUAAGAAAGGCUGCUAAAGAACACAUAAACUACGUAAAAGGCGCAACCAUGUACCCUUUGGAGAAGAGUCUUGGACAUGGGACACUCUGCACAGUUCGUUGAAAGUUUAAACUCCUCACAGAAGUUUAUGAUGGACCUACUGACAGUCACAUAAUUAAAUAGGAGGGUUUUUUUUUUUAGGGUGAAGAAUUUCUAAGGUUUGUCCAAAAUUAUUGUGUACUCUUUGUAGAGAAUUUUCUUACUUCUUGAAUAAAUACCUAGUUUAAUUGGGGGCCCAAAAAACAAUUAGGGGCCUCCCACUAGAGGACAAAAAAGGUCAUUAAAACUCAAAUUGAGUCACCCCUUAACCAAAA